GGUUACAUGGUCAUUUCCUCGUGUUUCGUAUUAAACUCGUUCCACGAUACCUUUAUUCGAAGCGUUUUCCUCAACUUAUCGAAAUGCAUUCGUCAAAUGUAAUUAAUUUCAUCAAAUCGGAAUUAAUGAGGCCAACACGUGCGAGAUUAAGUAAGUUCGACCAUGACGUGGUACGUAUCUAAAGUCAAGGUCAAUGUAAUCACACAUCUGAUUUAGCUUCGUAAAAUUGAAGUAAUUGUGAUAUGAGAUUAUGUGAAUUUUUUUUAAUGUUACUAAUUAUAAAAGAUUUUGUUAUUAUUCAAUUUAUGAAAUAACAACUUCUACUACUCUACCGCGGUAAUAAAAAUAGAGCGUCUUUAUUCAGAAAAAAGAAUUUUGAGAAACUUAAAAUGAAGAAACAUAAAAAUAAUUGGAGCAUUACAAUAUUUUGCAAAUGAAAAACAAAAAUACGACACAAUUAAUUUUAUAACAAUCUCAUAUAACUAACGCAAUAAUAUUAUUUGUAUUGUAUACAAAAACGUAUACAAAAAAAUUAUACUAGAUUUCGAAUGUAAAUUUGCAUAUAACGAAUAGAGUUCGAAAGAAUUACGCCAUUUUUUAAAUUCAAAUUUAAAUACCACUGUGAACGCGCUUUAAUAGAGCAUCCUAACCAAAGCAGUGCCGCAAAUUUUGCGUCAACGUUGCGCUCGCAUGUUUCAAUCAUUUGAUACGAUAUUUGUGCGAUUUUUAAAUUUAGUAGAAAACGUAAACUAAACUUCCUGCAAUACUUAUCAAAUGCCAAGUUCUUUAAUUAAUUAUUACUUUAAAACUUAAAGUAACAUGUCUAUGCUCGCGGAACCACGUCGAAAACAAAAAUGGACACUAAAUCCACGAGGAAAAGAAUGGAGCGAUGAUUCGAACAAAUUCGGGCAGAAAAUGUUGGAAAAGAUGGGAUGGACAAGUGGCAAAGGACUCGGAGCAAACGAACAAGGUAUAACGGAGCACGUGCGUGUAUCGGUUAAAAAUGAUACAACAGGUAUUGGAUAUAAACAGAAUGCCUUGGACGAAGCAUGGACAGAGCAUCAAGAUAGCUUUAACGAUUUUUUACAGAAACUUCAACAAAAUGAAUGUCACAAUGUAGCGCAAACAGAGGAAAGCAAAGGUGUAUUAAGUGGAAAAUCGUUAGAAUUGAAAUCUAAACAAAGCCGUGCUCGUGUUCAUUAUCAAAAAUUUACAAGGGGGAAAGAUGUAAAUAAAUAUAGUUCAAAGGAUUUAGCAAAUAUAUUUGGCCAAAAAGAAUUGGAUGUAAAUAAAAGUAAUAAAGGCAAUGCCGAAGAAAACUCUGAUUCAGUUGGCACUUGUGAUAACAGAAACGGUGUUAUCACUAUAAAUGGUGGUAAUAUGGCAGAAUAUUUUAUGAAGAAAGGUCAGGAUUUUUCUCUGUCAUAUAAGAAUAAAAAACAACAGGAAGACGAUAUAGAAGAGGAAUCUGAAUAUGCUGGAUUUGGAUUUGCAUCAACAUCUAGAAAAGUGAAAUGCCAUGAUAAUAAGGAAAGUAUGGAAGUUAGAAGUGUUUGUAAUUACGCUUUUGAAAAUCCCUGUGUAGAAUUAAAUAGCCCUGAAAAUAUUUCAAAUUCUAAUAUUGAAUCUAAAUUUUCUAACAAAAAAAAAUUUGAUGACAAUGAAUUACGUUUAAGUAGCAAGGUUAAGAAAUUUAAAGAGAAUGGUGUAAAUGAAAAUAGAUGUGCGAGUGGUAUUAUCAAUGCCGGCUUAAAUUUAGAAUGUCAAGCUGAUGAAGUUUGUAAUGGAAAAGAAUUUGAAAUAUCUAGAGUACAAUUUGGCCUUACAAAUUCAGCUUUAGAUCUAAGUGAUGAAAUAAAUGAUAAGAAAAGGGUAACAUUUAAUGAUCAUGUAGAAUAUAGUACUGAUUGUGUAAAGAAAAAAAAAACAUUAGAUAAAUAUGAGGUUGAAAAUAAGAAAGCUAAAAAGAAGAAAAAAUAUAACUGUGAUGUUAAUAGCUCAGUGUUAUCUGGUUGUGUUAAUGAAGCUUUGGAUGUAGGAACACCUGAGGAAGUACAUGAUAAUGAAGUUAAUGAACAUAAAAGUAAAAAAUCUAAAAAAAGAAAAAGAAGUCGAUCGAAUUUAGAAACAAUAGUAGAAACGCCAGAAGAAGAGAAAGCAUACGAAAAUGAAACAGAGACUGAGCAAACCAAAAUGGAAGAUUACAUAACUGAUGAUUGUAUACUUGAAGAUGUCUCAAGUAAGAAGAAAAAAAGGAAAAAGUGUAAGGAUAAAAUACAAGUUACCACUGAGAAUAGAUGUGAUGAAGAAGAAAGUAUGGAAAAAGAAACAGCGGCAAACAUAAAUGUAAUACUUAAGGAAGAAGAGUGCAAAAUUGAUGAAACUCAAGAGAAUAUUUCUAAAAGCAAAAAGAAAAAGAAGAAAGAUAAAGUGAGACAUACUGAGCCAAACCUUGAAAUAAACGAGGAUAUAACUGAAAUUGAAGUUGAACUGGAAAAUGUAAAAGCAGAGAAAACAGAAUUAGAAACUGUGAAGGUAAGAAAAAAGAAAUCUAGAAAGAAUGACAAUGUAAAUGAUCUUAGUUCUACAACAAAUGUACCAGCCAAUAUAAAAGACGAAAAGGAAGUUUCAGAUAAGGAAAAUACGAAAAAUAUAAAUGAAAGUGAAACAGAAAAACCGGAGAAAGAGAAAAAAUUUAUAGAUAAAUCUGCAAAUUAUUCCAUAGAUGGUAAAAAAUUUGUGAAACAAAGGGAUAAGAUAUUUACAAAUACACGUUUGAAGAAGUUCAAUAAGAGAAGAUCUAAUACUUCAUCUAGGUCUUCGAAUCAAAGAUCCAGAAUGACGAAGAAAGUAUUGAUGUCUCUAUUUUACUCAAAGUCAAUCUUAGAUUUUCCAGGUUCUAACAUGCAUGAAAUUAAAGGAUAUGGAGCUGAUCAACAUUAAAGUGUAAAAAAA